AUGAAAAUAAGAAAGAACAUUUUUUCAAAAGCGUGUUACAGUUCUUGUAUUCAUAAUAAGAAUCAAAAAAAUCUUAAGUUAAAAAAAGUUGGUUCACCUAAGGAUAAAUUGUUAGAAAACCUAAAUUAUUACUCAAGAAAUGAAAAAAAAGACAUAUUAAAAAAAAUUUUUGAAAAUAUUACUUUGAAAAGAUGUAAGGUGAAAGAAGAACUCUUAAGAUUUUAUUUAAAAGAUAAAGAUAUAAAAGGAAUUUUAGAAGAAGAAAAGAUUUUUGAGGAAAGUAGUAAAUUAUUUAGAAUUGUUCAAGUGCAAAGUAAUGAAGAGAUGUUAAUUAAUAAAUUUAAUAGUUUCUAUGAUUUAUUACUUUUUUCUAUAGAAAAUUUAAAGAGAAAAAGUAUUUUAUCAAUGAACCAAAAGGUAUUUAAAUUUAGUGACUGUUCAAAGUGUCCGAGUAAUAAUAACACACUUGAAAAAUAUGAAUUUGAUGUUAACAAUUUAGAUAUAAUAAAAAAAUUUAUGGUUAUUAUUGACAAAAAUUUAACUACAUAUGAUAAUACUUCCUCUACUUUUAAAAGAUUUUUCUGUCUUCAUAAAUUUAUAAUUUAUUUUUUUAAUUAUUCCUUUCCUUUUAUUGAAAUAUUUGAUUAUAAGUUUUUGCUGAAAUAUACCUAUUUAUAUAUAAAGUUAAGCCUUUUAGAAAGUACUCAGUUUUUUUAUGAGCAAAAAAAAAAGUCAGAAAAUUUUUUUUCAGUAAAUAUAUCAGAUGAGGAUCUCUCAUAUUUGUCAAAGAAUAAUAAUAAAAAUACUUUAAAUUUAUUGCUGCUGUUAAAUAAUCAAGUAGAUCAUUGUGAUUUACUGAAAUUGUCUGAGUUGUAUUCGCUUUAUUUUAAGAAAAUAAAAAUAGACGAGUUGAUAAAAAAUGUUAACAACGAUAGUUUUGAAUAUGUAAAGAAUAUUAAUGAAGAAAAAAAAGAUAAAAGCGCAUUUGAAAAACAGCAUAAUAAUUAUGGUUCCAUUUUAGCUGUAGAGCACAUUCCUUAUGAAGUAACUGCAAAUGAAAAGAAUUACAAAGUAAAUGAUAUGCCACAUUAUCAUUAUGGUUAUUUCAUUUGUGUCUACUUUAAUUUUUUAUUUUUACUGAAUAAAAUAGUUAGUAAUUGUAUUAUAUUCUUACCAAAUAUAGACAAAAAUAUAUUUCACGUAUUAGAUUGCAUAGGAAUACUGUGUGAGCGCAUUUUUGAAGAACAUAAUAAUGUAGGUGAGAGAAAAAUUAAAAAUUUAAAUUUAUUUUUAAAUAACAAUGAUAUAGAAAACUACAUAAUAAAAGAAAUAAUUAAAGGACGGACAAUGGGUAACCAUUUUAUAGGGAACAAAAUCGAAGAGAAAAAAAAAAACAACUUAUUGGCUAGUAGGAGAGUAGAUGAAGAGAAUUAUUUAUUAAAAGAGGGAACCGACUAUGUAGAAAAUACUGAAAAUGUAUUAGAACAGAGUGAGAAUACAUAUACCAACAAUUUUUCACAUGAUCUUAAAAGGGAUAUCCUUUUUAGAAGUAAUAAUGACGCACGAAAUGGCAGAGAAAAGUUUAAGUAUAUAUAUGAAGGUGAUGAAAUUAAUUUCUGCAAUGGUUUAAGAAUAUAUAAUGGGAAAUCGGUGAACGAUGAUGUAAGCUUCAAUAGUGAAGAAGAGCAACUUCUAAAACUGGACCUUUUUUAUGAAGAAUGUUUUUUAAACUUAUACAGGAGUACCAAAAAUUAUGUGAAGUUACUCUUUGAAAGUAUGACGGAUUACUUCAUUUUAUACGAUUGUGAUAGUAUUCUUAAAUUCCUUCAAAUAAUAUAUAUAACUAGAUAUAUGAAUAUGCAUAACAUUAAUGUUUUGUUCUACAGCAUAAGGUUGAAUUCAGAAUUUUUAAAGAUAUAUCAAAUUAAAAACAUUUUGUUUUUUCUCGCAUUAUUUAAAAGUAGCUUCAUAAUUAAGGGUAUAAAUUUGCAGAAAUCAAUUUACAGUUGGUACAAUAAACGAUUAAUAUUUUUUUUAAGAAAAAAGUUAGAAUUAUACUUUGAAAGUAGUUCGUUAGAAAGUAGUAUUAAAAGUAUAUUUCUUUUGUGUGACUUAUUAAACUACAAUAAAGUUAUAAAAAAAAUUUUACUAAAGAAAUUAGUUUUAUUAAAUUUCAAUAACAUAUAUCCAGAGCUUUUCUGUCAGAUAUUUUUUUUAUUAAAUAAAUUAAGAUUUGAUGCGAGUAACAAAUUAUUUUCUGAAUUGUUCUUAAAACAUUAUAAAAGGAUAAUUCCAUCUCUAACAUGUGCAGAAACUCUCGAUUUAAUUAAAAACACCGAAUAUUUAAUAAAUAAGAAGAAAAGAAAAAUAUUUGUUAUUCAGAUUUUAUACUUUUUUAGAAAGUUAGAGCAAAGUAGCAUUCUACGUGAUGAUAAUACCCCAGUUAGUUUAUAUUGUAUAUUUAAAUUAAUUAAUAUUAUAAAUAAAUUUAAAUUAUAUGAAUAUUGUAGGAAAGACUAUUUUUACCCAAUUUAUCAAUUUAUUUUUACCGCAAAUGGAGUGCAAAAUGGUUUAAACAAAGAAAGGAAGCAUCAUUUGUUGAGUGAUAACAAUAGAGACAUUUCAAAGUGUAACAAUAAUCCCUCAAUUUUAGUAAAAAAUAACGAGAUAUUAUUAUUAGAUGAAAAUGAAAUAGAUAGAGAAGAUAAAAGGAGUGAUGUUCUUUUCUCAGAAAAAAACGAAAGCAGCAUAUCCCCUCGUACAGUUUAUGGAAAUGGGACAUUUGUUAGGAAGGAGUGUGAGGGAAGUAUAAAAAUAAAAUUGGAAUUAUUAACAAUUAAUCAAAUAUUAGAUUUAAUUUACUUUUGCAUUAAUACGAAUAGAAAUAUAUACUCUAUAAGUGAACUAUAUACAGAUCUAUUUUAUAGAUUAAUUCGAAGCACUUAUUUUUCAAAAAAUCAACUGAAUCUCACUUUUAGAAGUAUAUGGAUGUCGAGAGUUUUUCACGCACAUUUUUUUAAAGCUUUAGUAGAUAUUAUAAUAAAUAAUAAAAAAAUUGUUGAUAGUUCCAUUUUUUCAUUAGAUAUAUUACUAUGUUUAUGCUCCUAUAAACAUGAUAAAAUAUAUGAAUCUUUAAUUAUUUCCAUGUUUGAUAUAUGUUUUAAUGAUAUAGAUAAAAUUUUAAAAAAUAUAAAUACGCAGAUACUUUUUUACUAUUGUUUUAUUUUUUUGGAAGUAUAUUAUCCAUUGCUAUAUUUAAAAGUUACGAAAAAAAGGAGAAAUUCUUUCGUGAAAAGUGAAAUUAUCAAAGGCAAAUUACAAAAUGAUGGGACAGAUAAAAAUAAAAAAUUAAUUAGAAAGAAGGAUAAUUUUGAAACGAAUGAAGAAAAGGAAGCAAGUAGCAACAUUAUUGAUUACAACUUGGAACAAUAUAGAAUUAAUAUGAACUUCAAAAUGAUUGGAAAAACUAAAAAAAUGUCUAAUAAUCUUCGUGAAAGUAAUCAGAAGAAUCGUAUAAAUGAAGAUAAAAUAGUAACAAGCAGAAUAAAUGCUAUAUAUGUGGAAGAUAGUAUAGAUACUGCUACCACUGUUGAUAUAUUAAAAUAUUUAAAACAACUUUUUUUUCUCCAGCAAAAAAAGCAUGCUUAUGGUUAUGACUUAAUUAAGUUUUACGAAAUACUCCAUAAAUUAAAUAUAACAAAAAUGAAGCUUAAUAAUGCACCGAAUAUUUUUUUUAAAAAUCAAGAAAUUAAUGAUUUAUUUGUUCUGAAUGCAUAUUUUCCUCUUCUAAAAUUUUCCAUAUUAUUUAUAAAAAAGGAGAGAGUCUCGAAAAAUGUGAUAAAAAUAUCAGAUAUAUGGAGGAUGGAUAAAGGUACCAAAAAGUGUGGCACAAUUACUAUUGAUGAUGCAAGUUUAUUGGAAGUAAAAAAUGAAUCUUCGGAACGAAAUAUGGGGAAGAAAAAUAUCUGCGGAAGUGCAAAUGUUUGGAGCAAUGUAAAUUGUGAGUACUACCUAAAUAAUGAAAAUAAAGACUCUGAAAUAGUGUCUAACUCCCUUUUUAAUGAUUACUGUGAGAACCAAAUUGACAUAUUGGCACAAAAACUUUAUUUGUAUAAAAAUUAUAGAAUAAAUGUUAUGGUUAUACCUAUUGAAAAGGUUUAUAUGUUUUUUAAAAUACACGAUAGGGAAGAACAGAAUUCUAUUAUAAAUGAAUCAAAUAUUAUAUUUGACAGGGUGUAUAAAGAAAUUAUGAAUAGUAAUAAAGGUCAAAUUUUUGCAGAUGUUGAUAUCUUAUCAUCGCUUAUGAAGAAGCAAUUACAAUAUAUUUUUCGUUUAAAUUAG